ACCAGGACAGAACGUCACGCCGCGCUGCCCCGGUGCCAGGUGUAACGUGGUCUAUGUCUCUGUCUCUCUCUCUUUCCGUCCGUCUGUCCGUUGACGUCGUGCACACGUAUACACACGGAACCACCGCCGCGGUGUCACGUGCCACCUGCGCGUCACGCGCUACGUCACCGACUGACCUCCAAUUUUCCCAUUGUAUCGAUGCGACCGGGAGCAACGGGAUCCAGCGUGCACCGACUCGGGCUGCUACUGGCGGCUGGACCAGGGCCUGUCGAUCCGGAGCCCGUUUACGAGGGUUGAUCACCGGUCCUUGCGCACCGGGAUGCUCGCUGCGGGUUUCUUCGGGACUGCCACCCGUUCACAUGGCUGAUAAACGAUGGGAAAUGAGCUUGGAGCAGAUCAGUCUGGCUAGACACUAGGGAUCAUUUAGAGGAUCUGGGAGUCUUGCUGGACUUAGAGGAUCUCGUUGAUGCUUUCGGCCUGUUAAUUUGUCUACAGUAUUGGACAGUUCGAUACUUUGAUUUUCAUUAGGGUACAGUGCGAAGGAGACAGUGGUUCAUUUGAAAGUUCGAUGGACAGUGUAGCAUUGAUAGGGAUUAUCGGACAUCCCCUUGAAUUCUAGCUCAGCUGACGCGCGGCUGCUGCCAGAGGGAUAUAACUCGAUUGCAGGUGACGGCACACAGGACCGGGUCCGAAGGAACACUAACAAGCUGUCCAUUGUGCGGGAGUUUUCGCGUUGAAUCCGUUCGUUAGAUGGCUGUGCCGCUGUGUUCUAAUGCCACGUGACCUAACGGGCUGUCGAGUUUCGGUGCGGUAUUUAAUGGUUUAGCGUAGAGACCAAUUUCACGGGGGAGUUUCGGUAUAUUCAACUAAUUGACCGUGACCAAUAAGACGGAAGGAAGGAUCUGGAUCAGUGACUGUGCGUGCGUCUGUAAUCCGUUCGCGUGUGCGUGUGCACAGGUAGGGGCACGCAGGAACCGUGAACGUGCGACGGGUCGCGUUUAGUCUGUCAGUAGACGUCGUCGCGCACGCAUCCGCGGGAACGUGUUCCCAUCGUCGACGAGCUGUGCAUGUGCGUGUCUGCGACUUUGUUUACGCGGAUCGGUGGUGACGGUCGUCGGCACAUUGCUGGAAGUGAAAGCCAUCGGGACCAUGAAUUAUUUCGGCUAAGGGAUUGGAUACGAGUUGCAAAGUGCGAGCGAUGCUGUUGGGGAUCGCUGAGUGUGAACCACCGGUUUUUUCUCGUGAAUUGGCAGCGGAGAUGGUAGACCUUUGAAAGAUUUCGAGGAAGAAAAGGAACAGGGGUUGGAAAGGUUGUUGUACAAAUGGACACGCUGAGAUAAAAAAUCUCGCGCCUCAAAGGGCACUUAAUUUUCAACUGGCCGAGCGAGAAGAGCAGAAGGGAAAUCCACGGAUUAUUUCUCAUGUCUGACACGUCUAGCGGCGCUGGAUGGACACUUAGACGGCUUUACGAGUCGCGCGCAGCGCCGGUUGGAGGCAACGCGUGACACUGAUCGAUCGUUCUAAAAUGCUGCGGCAGCCGCGGUGAUCAUCUCGGCGAUCUCUCGGCUGAUCUUCGGCUGUGGCUAAAGUCGCGUUCCACGGUUAUGCUGCUGGCGUCGCUUCGGGUGGCCGCCAGCAAAUGCUGUCAUGCUCUUGUCAUGCCAGCCGGCGGCCAAGAAGAGGCCGCUGGCCACGAGGUCCUUGAGCAACUCAACGAGCUUCCCGUCGACGGCAGGCCACUGCCUCCUCCUGAUAGCUGUCCUCGUUCUGAUCGGCUGCGAGGGAUCGCUCGCAGCCUCGCAAAUCCGCUACGCUUCGCGCAUCGUCGAGACCAAGAGCGGACAAAUUCGAGGGAUUCUUCAGGAGUUAAACAGCAGACACUUGGAGCCCGUGGAAGUGUUCCGGGGUAUUCCGUACGCGGCGCCGCCCGUAGGAGAGCUACGAUUUCGAUCGCCGAUUUCUCCGAUCCCCUGGGACGGCAUCAAACUGGCGGACUCGUUCGGCGCGGUCUGCCCACAGCACUUCCCGGACAUCGACAAUGCCACAGCUGCCCUCUCGCAAAUGCCUUUGGGCAGGUAUCAGCAGCUGAAACAGUUGCACAUGUUCCUGACCAAUCAGAGCGAAGACUGCCUCUUCCUGAAUCUGUACAUACCCGGAAGCGGCUCCCGAGGAGUAGAAGCACCAUACGCGGUGAUGGUCUACGUUCACGGUGAAAGUUUCGAGUGGGGUACCGGGAACAUCUACGAUGGAUCCGUCUUAGCCAGUGCUGGCCAAGUUAUAGUGAUCACGUUUAAUUACCGUUUAGGAAUCUUAGGCUUCCUGAGGACCCGCUCGUACCCAGACAGGAGUCCCGGAUCCGGCGGGAACCUGGCCUUGAAGGACAUCGCCAUGGCGCUGCGUUGGGUGCGCGAGAACAUCGCCCCUUUCGGCGGCGAUCCAACGAAAAUCACGUUGAUUGGCCACGACACCGGCGCCGCGCUCGUCAACUUCCUGUUGCUCGCUCCCUAUGGCAAAGGUCUGUUCCAUCGCGUGGUAUUAUCAAGUGGUUCCGCGCUAAGCCCAUGGGCCUCCGUUCACGAUCCGAACGACCUGCGCGCAAAAGUAGCGGAGCAAAUAGGAUGUUCCGCGGGAAACGACGAAGAUAUCGCCGACUGUCUGCGCGGCGUGCCUCUCCACGAGCUUAUGGCGGUUGAACUUCCGGAAAUCCGGUUCGUGCCUCGAAUAGGACCCGGCCUGCCAGUGGACCAAAAUAACCCAGACCCGGGCCUCGACAUGGAGAAAGCGAGCGACACUUUCAUCAAAGUGCCGCUGAUAUUGGGCGUCUCCACCACGGAGUCGAAUCUCGACUUCAACGCGCACAAUUUUCAAUACGGAUUCGAGGGGGACUACCGGGACCGUAUCCUAAGGACGUUCAUCAGAAACGUCUACGUCUAUCAUCUGAACGAGAUCUUCUCCGCGGUGAGGAACGAGUACACGGAUUGGGAGAAGUCGACACUGCACCCGGUCUACAUACGGGACUCGACCAUCGAGGCACUCAGCGACGGUCACACCGUAGCGCCGCUCAUGAGGAUCGCCUUUUAUCACGCCAGGAGAGGAGCUAAGACUUACUUUUAUCAUUUUAGCCAUCAGACUAAAGACGCCGGCAGCUCGCAGAGCCGUGAGAAGUCAGAGCGUUCCGGAAGCAUCCGUGGUGAGGACAUACCCUAUAUCUUUGGACUGCCAUUGGUAGCCGGUGGGUCAUUCUUUCCUCGAAAUUACUCUCGCCCUGACAUCGGAAUCGCAGAGGCGGUGCUCACCUUCUUCACAAAUUUCGCGAAAACCGGGAACCCGAACAAGCCUCACAAAAUAGAGUCGAUGGACUACGGGACGUCGAUAGAUAAAACACGGUACCACGGCCUCACUUGGGAACAAUACGAAACCGGCACGGAACAAUACCUAACCAUCGCAAUAAAGCCGAAAAUGAAGAGUCACUAUCGCGGCCAUAAAAUGGCGCUAUGGAGGAACUUGAUACCGCAGCUCCACCGGCCCGCCGACGACGACGUUUCUAUGCGGCAUCAUCAUUUCCGUGAACGGGGCGAUCACUUUUACGCUGGACCAGUCAGAGACGAAUGGUACACCCCACUGCCCCUAAUAGGAACGACCAAGAUCAGUGCAUCCUCGACAACCUCGUGCAGCACACCAUCAGAAGAAGACGCAGUAACGGAAGACAUCACGCCAAUAUUAGACGACUCGGAGGACGAUGCGGAGCUGUUGCAAAGAUUAGCAUCCCGCCACUACUAUAGCACCACCACUGCCCUAGCGAUCACUGUAGGCGUCGGUUGCAUCCUCCUAGUGUUGAACAUGUUGAUAUUCGCUGGAAUCUACUAUCAAAGAGACAGGGACAAAAAGAGAGCAACAAUGGACUGCACGCCGAACAGCCAAGAGUCGCUUCCUAUGACCACCAGGUCGUCCAUGAAGGGACCAGACAGCCCUAGAACAACACAAGAGCCGCCACCUUCUUACACGACCUUGGCCAGAAGUCCUUCCAUCCAGGAACAUCAGCCGAUCCCCCAGGAUCAGACGCUUGAAGAGGAAGAACCGGUCAGGAACGAGUCGAAGCCCAGCCUCGGGACCAGCAACACCAUCCACAAGGAUCCGAUACCGCCGAAACCGCCCACCAGGACCACCAGCUCCCUCAGCACCACCACUGCCGCCACGAACACCAUCAAGAAACGCGUGCAGAUACAGGAGAUAUCCGUAUAGCAUUAGGGGUUGCCCCUCGAGGGCAACUCAAAGGCUAAGAAGGUAACUUUCGUCGACUUCGAGGCAAUCAGCGAGUCCAAGUUCUGAGAUGGGAUUCGGGAUUACUGCUCGGAGUCCCCGGUUCGACUAGAAGUCCAGGCUGACGCUAUCAUGGAUCCACGAUCGGAAAAACUAAAAACUGCAACGUGGCGCCGCUUUCAAUUGCGUGGGUUUUAAGGACACAUCAGUGCUAAAGUGAACCCUUGGAUCCAAUCGGAGAUUGGUGCGAUUCCAAUUCGUUUAAAGACUGCCCAAGAAAGAGAGACAAUGGAAUGCUAACUACCAUCUAAUUGAAAGAUGCAAACGUUCGUGUGUAGCUUGGAGCGUCUGUUUAUAGGAAACUGUGCCGUUCGCUGCAACCAGGGUGCCGUUCCUAGCGCGAUCAUGCGAUCCAUUGUGUGACUGUCUUGUUUCUUUCCCAAGGCAAGUGUUCAGUCGCGAACGGCGAAAGUGUUACCUCGAACGAACUGAUUCUUAACAGAAUUGACUGUAAUUAGGUAGGGAUCUCCGAGGACCGAAGUAUCGAAGUUUCUCACUGCGAAACGGUCAGUGUUCUUCAAGUGUUCUUCUCGUAGCUGGUAUCCAGGGCCGAGAGGUCGGUCGAUGGACACGGUAUUAGGCUAAUUACCCGAGAUAUUCCUAAUUUCCGGUGACCCGCGAGACUCCCUGGCUCACCGCUGUGUGUCUCUCUCUCACUCUUUCUCUCUUUCUCUCUUUCUCUCUUUCUCUCUUUCUCUCUCUCUCUCUUUCUCUCUCUCUCUCUCCCUCUCUCUCUCUUUCGAUCUUUCUCUCUAUCCCAAUUACUGAAAGUCGUGCACGAAUUCGCACAGAUAAUCAAUAAAUAGGUAAUGUUUAUGCUACACGGCCCUAAGGGACGAGAAUUGUAAAAAAACUGAAAAAGAGAAAUGAUCGCGAUAGAGGGGACUUCUAAAAUUACUUGACAAUGUCCUGGCGAUCUGCAUAGCAGUGUUCCGAGAACAUCCGCGCGAUCAUCUCGCGCUGAACCGAUCGCUGAACGGUUUAGAGAAGAUUGUCGCAGCUCUGACGCAUGUAACGAGGAAAUGGAGAGCGCGAACUUGUAAGAACUAACUCGUUUGUAACGAGGACGAUUGAACAAUGAUAAGAUGUAUAGCUGUAUGAUCGUACACCAAAUUUACACAUCCUUUGCGUCUGAUAUUUUUAUACUUCGUCUGAUUCGUUUUUCGAUUCGUGUAACGACCUCCGACGAUGUUGAAUUGCGUUUAUUGCCGCUGGAAAUAUUGUACACUCGGCCUGUAUAGUCAUCCCUGUGAACAAUAUCGUACUCCCAAUAGUAUCGUCGUCACGGUAUCGUCGUUCGGCAACGAAAUCGAUGAGGAACGCGCGACACACGAUACGAAACCGAAGAUACUAGCCGGUGCGGUGCGCGCGUUGAUUGUUCUAUGCGAGCCGAAGAAUCGAGACCACUGAAACCGAUGUGCGAAUGAAUUAAUCGUUUAACACGUUCACGUCGGCGCUGUAAUUCACGUUUCUCGUGUUAUCUCGAACUUCGUGGAAUUUUGAACAUUGAAUCGCGCUUGUCGAUCAUUUCAAUAAUUACCGAAGUUAUUAGGAAACACGGUGUGUGCCAUCAAAUGUGUAGUUGGUUAAAUUGGUUUGCUAGAUAGAAAAAAUUGCUAUGUAGAUGUACAUUAAUUCACUUAUCGAUCAUUUCAAUCAUUUUCAACUAUAUGUCAGUGUUUCCUAUCUACCAAAUUAAUUUAAUAAAUUACAUUUUUGAUGGUACAUGCCGUCUGAUGUGACAUUCAAGUGUGAGCUACCAAUGGUACACACCGGCGUCAACAGGUUAAUCAACGUUUCGAGAGAGACUGUGUCGGAAGAAAGUCCUGGUCGCAACGUGUGCUCAAAAUAUAAUCGUAAAAGGGGAAACGGUUCCCUUCGAAUAGGUUUCCUCUUCGACCAAGUAAUCUAAGGCAUUGAUCACGCCCACGCUUAUUGCGAUUAACAUUUCGGUAGAGGUAACGAGUGUCCUUUUGUUCUUUUUCUGUUCGAAUAAUUGAUAAACGUGAUCUGAUCUGACGCGAGUCUAUUCUAUAACGGUCAAUCCUUCUUUCGGAUAAUUAAACUUCUUCGUUGUGCGAACGAGCUGGUUCGAAUUAGCGGGAAUAAACUGUCUUGUCCUUGACGCUAUUGAAAUUCACGUGAAAUCAAUUAAUAAUCGAAUCGACAGUCGGAACGGAUGAAAUUACAGGUGACUGUGAAUCGAUGAUCGACUGUAUUUAUUCACUGAGGCACAUGAAGUAAACGGAAGCGUAUCGGUACUAUUUAAGGACAUAACGUUUUACUUAAGUAGCGUAUCAUGCACGGUGUCGCGUAAACUGUACUGCCGAUUACGAUCAUUUUCAAACCGCGUCGUCACGCGAACAAUGAUGAACGAGGGAAACGAAAGUCGACGAGUGCUGUUCGCGUACGGCUUGAACCGCGAAAACACGUUGUGACUGUUCGUUGACUGUGUGAACGGGAUAUCAAGCACGGAACAGUGAAAUUUAAAUAGUAGAUUAGAAAUAACCACCUUUGUAAAUUUCACUGGAAAACAA